GCACCAUAAUAAUAAGACACCAGUACAGCCAUGUCAAGAUCCUUUCAUCAACCCAGAGAGAAGAUGAAGAUGUGGAGCUGCUCACCUUUUAGAUUUCUGCUUUCAUGCAGACUAUAGAAAAUACACUGAAAAGAGAGAGAGGGGCUGGACACACACACACACACACACACACACACACACACACACACACACACUGGGAUUACCGAGGGAAAAGAGAGAGAGAGAGAGAGUGAGUAAGUGAGCGGCGGACCCCCCUCUUCACUCGCGGGUCCUCUCCUCGCAGCUGUACUUCAGGAUUUUCAGCCAAACGGAAUAACCAAUAACAUGUGUCACAGUAGAAGCUGACGUCUCAUCUCUUCAAACCGUCGUUAACACCACCGUUGUCUUCUCGAAGAGGCUCGAUUUAACCCACCCCAUGUUCCUCCGCCAGCUGAGCUCCUCCGGCUCCUCCUUCCUCCCCUGCAGCCGCCCCGCUCUCUGCAGGGCGGGCUUCAGGAGCAGUGGUGCCCCCUCUUACCGCCCCCAUAUCCCCGCUCCUCAUCCAUGGUGGUCGGUGCGGGGAUUUCCCCCCCGGCCUCCUCGACUGCCCUGCUCUCCUCCACCAGCCCAGCAAGUGUUCUCUGGCAGGACGCUACACCCUCGGAGCAUCAGCACCGGUAGCUGGCGUUCGUUCCACACCUCUGCCGGCCUCCUGAUGGACCGGACCGACAGAGACAAGGAGCCUCCUCACAAACGGAGAAAGAGCGAAGAGGAGAAGAGGAGCAUCAGCGAAAGGGAAGGACACGGAGGAGGAGCAGCAGGGUCAACAGGAGGCUCUAAAAAGGAGCAUCGUCAUCCUGACUCCAGCAAAGACAGCCACCCCCGACCAAAUCACCGCUUUAAAGAUGGAAGUGCAGACCGAGGGAGCAGUGAAGCUGGGAAAGGUCUCCAUAAGGAAAACAGCAGAGAGAAAGAUGUAGAAAGGACUAAAACUUGGAAUAAGGACAGACAGCGAAAAGACAGCUGUGAUCGAGAUGAGACCCCAAAUCGAGGCUGGAGCACACAUCACCAAGGAGGAAAUAAAGAUCCACAGACUGCGAGGUCCAGGGGACACACUCCCAAAUCAAAACCUGAACAGGAUGAAGUUCCCCCACACAAACCAAACCCCUGGUUCAAAGAGAGAGCUGCAGAGCAGCAGAGAGGCUCUGAGAGGAAUACAAAAGGACCAGAGGGGCAGUUAAAGGACAGAAGUAGUGAUGGAGGGCAGUGGCCGGGGCUUCCCUCCAGGCCCAGCAGCACUACUCGGCCUUCAAACCCAAACCCGUGGCAGGUAGCUGGAACCAACAGCCAGCCUCCUCCCCCUGGAACCUGCCCACCUGGCAGACAACAGGACGAUGUUAAACAAAGCAAAUCUCUUCAGAGGCACUGGGAGUCUCUACCUGUCUGCGGUACUGACAUCCAUCCACCAGGAGUCAGUAAAGCAUUUGACUUCUCGGUGAUGUCCUACAACAUCCUGUCGCAGGAGCUGCUGCAGGACAACGCCUACCUGUACCGACACUGUCACCCCAGCGUCCUGCAGUGGGACUGCCGGCUGCCCAACCUUCUGGCUGAGAUCCAGCAGCACAAUGCUGAUAUCCUGUGUCUUCAAGAAGUGCAAGAGGACCACUAUAUAAAUCAGAUCAAACCAUCUCUACAGGCACUAGGUUACCAGUGUGAGUACAAGAAGCGAACAGGAAGGAAACCAGACGGUUGUGCUGUUGUCUUCAAAUCCUCCCGCCUGUCACUCCUCUCCUCCAAUCCCGUUGAGUUUUUCCGCCCCGGCGACGCCCUCCUCGACAGGGACAACGUGGGAUUGGUUGUGCUGCUGAAACCUAAAGACGUCACGUUCCAAUCAGAUCCCUCCACCUUCAUCUGUGUGGCCAACACUCACCUCCUCUACAACCCUCGCCGCGGCGACAUCAAACUGGCACAGCUGGCGAUCCUAUUGGCCGAGAUCCGUCGACUCAACCGCCUCCCGGACGGGUCGACCAAUCCAGUCGUGCUCUGUGGUGAUUUUAACUCGACUCCCUGGAGUCCGCUGUACAGCUUCCUGACCACAGGCAGUCUGGACUACAGAGGACUGCAGAUCAGCACGGUGUCUGGUCAGGAGAGCAGUCCCAGAGGUCAGCGUCUCCUCAACUGUCCUAUCUGGUCUCACAGUUUGGGAAUCGACUCUCAGUGUCAGUACAGGAACACUGACGAGUCCUCUGACGGCCCCACAGCAGUAGAAGGAGCGAUCUCUAAUCUGACUGUAGAAGAUCUCGCCAACAAGUCGGCUUUUGAUUUUAACAGACCGAGGAUCGAGCACGGCCUGAAGCUGCAGUCGUCUUAUCAGCACCACCUGAUGCCUGAUGGGAGACCAGAGGUCACCACCUGUCACUCCCGCACAGCCAUGACUGUGGAUUACAUCCUGUACACACCAGAAUUCAACACACCUCCUUCACUUCCGGGUGGGCGGGGCCUCCAUUUGCUGGGCAGGCUGGCAUUGGUCGGCCAGCCAGAGCUGGAGGAAGUCAACGGUCUUCCCAAUUCGAAUCACUCGUCGGAUCACCUCCCUCUCCUUGUGUGCUUCCGCCUCCGGCGCUGACCUGUGGUGUCGUUUGUCAACCGAUCAGACCAGCUCUCAGCCUCAAAGCUGACAGGCAGCUCAGGGAAGAUGGGAACUUUUAGGGUCAUAAAACUAAUAAUUGUUCUGUCUGGAGGAAAGAGAUUUAAGUCAGUUUCAGGUACAUGUUUUGAUUCAAGUUACUUUUCUGCAGGGAACAAACCUUCUUUUCCUUUUGAGUAUUUUUCUUCCACUGGUGGAUUAAAAAUAUAUUCUACAAAUGGGGCAUCUAAUUUUCAGAUCAUCUUGAGAGCACAAUAAUAUUCUAAAUGCAAACAAGCCAAAAGAACAGUCCAGAGAUUUAGUUCUUUAUAUCAGAGCGACAAAUACGUGAUCAUUGUCGGGGUAUCAAGACAUGGAGAGGAUUGUUUUAACCCUGUUCAUAGGUAGCGAUCAUUGUCUGUAUGUAAAGAUGGAUGACACAACAGCUCCUGAAAGGUGAAGCCAAAACACAUCGAUCACCCUCUGGUGGCUGGCUGCAGUGUAGCUCACAGCGGCUGCUCAUAGAGUGAAGUGAGUGUAGAGAAGGUUUGUCCAUCUUUGUAUGUGUCAAGUGUAGCAAUGGUGUCAGUGUGAAAGACACUGCAUUGUACAAGCAUCACCUGUCUGUACAAGCACGGAUCAUUCUUCAGGAUCAACACUAACAUUACUGAGAGCUCUUGUUGUUCCCCUGCUGCAGAGAAGGUCUCUGUGAUUUUCGUUUGAAACAGCUCAGCACUUACGUUUUGUUUGAAGAAGUGACUCUGUGAAGGGACAGAUUUUAAAUCUUUUUUUUUGUUUGUUUUUUAAAGCAUGAUUUAUCACUUGAAGUUAAAGAGCUGCUGAUGAGGAAAACUACUUGAUAACAUUGUUGGCUGUGAUGGAAGUGCGAAGCCACUGACACCUCCCCUGUUAUUGUUUCACCAGUUCAGUUAAGACGUGUAGCUCCUUCUCGGAGCAGCUGACAGUCGGCGCAACAUCACAAUAAUCUUGACUUUACACAUCAUCAAUGUACUGUACAGAACAUCGCGCUGAAGAACAUCAACCUUUAAGUAAACGUUGACCUGUUGGCACUCUUUAAGUAGUGCCAACAGGUCUGUCAUAACUUUGAAAAAUGUUUAAUAUUAUCCACCGUGCCAAAAACCAGUUAAUGCAUCCCCUUAAAUUAAACUUUAAAUAGUUUCACAUUUCGAAGACACUUAGAAAACUUGACAUGCUGCCUUUCACCUGCAGAUCGCACUGUGAGAGGUUUUAUUUUGUCAGACUAAAACUGUAAACGGUGCUGAAUGUUUUCAGAAAAGAAGAAUGUUCUCAUGGACGUUGUGAUGUCGCUGCUGACUUUUACAUAAUCAUAAGUAACAUGGAGCGGAUAUAUUUUUCUAACAGUUUUUGGGAGAUUCUUUGUUUAUAUUGACUGUAAAUAAAGGACCUGGUGGUUUUACAUGAAG